AUAACAGUUUCUAGCUACAUAUGUGGUAAUUAAAAACGUUAUCUAAUGGGGCCUGUUCCAGUCUGGGAAUGAAAAUGUAGCUAAUUAUUAUAGGUAGGUCAACGUUAGCUGUUAGCUUUGUUAGCGUUGUUAGCAACUGAGACCCGGCUGUGGGUGAGCACAAAGGCCGUGCACACCGCUUCGCUUUUUAACAAUGUAUCCCUCCUGGGGAAAUUAUGGUGGACCUCAGUCGCAAAACUACGCAGGACCUGGGCCUCGUAAGCAACCAGGUGCUAGCCACCCCGGGCCGGCAGCGGGGUUCGGGGGCUUCGAGGCCCCAUCCAGCGGCUCGCUGUUCUCCAGCCUGCAGGAGCAGCAUCUCCAGCAGAUGCAGCAGCUUCAGAUGCUGCACCAGAAACAGCUCCAGUCUGUGUUACAACACGGCAACAGUGCCAGUGCGUACGGUGGUGGGUAUUCAGGGCCGUGGCAUUCAGAGACCUCAGGACAUACGGACAGUGCUGGAGCUCAGGCAUACUAUAAACAAGACGAGACUUCGGCUCAGCCGGCGAGAGGCCCACCUGCUCCCAAGCAGAGUCACCAACAGCCUCCUCCGCCUCCACCACAACCUCACCCCACGGAGCCCCAACCGUGUCCUCCCCCUCCAGAGACUCUAUUAUCCAAGACGCCGGAGAACACCGGUGCUCCCAAAGCCACCGAGGCCAGUAAGAAGGAUUCAUCCACGACAGAAGAGGACAAAUCCCUACCUUUGCAGGAGCAACAGCAACUUUGGUACAAACAGCAUCUUCAGAAUCUACAGAAGUUAAAGCAAGAGAAAGCCAAACAGAAUCAGAAAGAGGGUGAUGGUCCUGUGCUGCCACCCGCAGGCCAUGGACUUCCUCCCCCUCCUCCAAUAGAACCACCGAAAAGCACACCUCCUCCACCCCCUCCAAAAGAUGAGCCCCCACUACCACCCCCACCACCUGAGGACUUAAGGGGUGAAAAUGUAGGAAAACCACCUAUAUUUACAGAUACACCCGAGGUCCCACAAGACCCAGCGGAGGCUGCCCGCCUCCAGCAGUUACAGGCUGCAGCAGCACAGUGGCAGCAGGUACAACAGCAGAGAGCAGGCUUACAAUACCAGGCUCUCAUGCAACAGCAUGAAAAGCUUCAGCAGAUCCUGGAAAAAUACCAACAGCUGAUUCAGCAACCUGCAGACCUUCAGUCUAUGUCUGCUGAAAUGCAGCUGAGGCACUAUGAAAUGCAACAGCAGCAGUUCACCCCUUUAUUUCAAGACUGGGGUCGCUCAUUUGCCCUGUGGUAUGAGCAGUUCCAGACCUAUCCCCACAAAGACCAGCUACAGGACUAUGAGCACCAAUGGAAGCAGUGGCAGGAACAGAUGAAUGCCACCAAUACCCACCUUCAAGAAAGGGUGGCCACUCUGACUACCAUGGUGCCAUUUACCUCUGGCCAGUAUAAUAGUGGGAUGAUGGGACAAUUUGGCCAGUACCCUGGACAAGACAUGCAAAUGCAACAGCAGUCACUAAACCAGGGUGUGCCGCAAUCUCCAGUUGCUGUUGGUCCCAGAUCUCAAGGUCCACGGCCCACUGGGUUUGGGCCACAUUCAGAAUCACCUGCUGGACCCCCUGUAAGAGGAGGUGGCCCUGCUGGCAUAGGAGUCAGACCCCCAGGUCCUCCCACACUUCAGCCACCGAGCAUCAACAGUGUUAGAGGUCCACGAGGAAACAACCCUAGAUUUGACCAGCCACAGCAGCGCUUUGAUGGGCCCCCAAGGUUUGACCAACCACAGCAGCGCUUUGAUGGGCCCCCAAGGUUCGACCAACCACAGCAGCACUUUGACGGCCCCCCAAGGUUUGACCAACCGCGCCCGCGCUUUGAUGGGCCUCCCAGAUUUGACCAACCACGCCCGCGCUUUGAUGGUCCCCCUAGAUUCGAUCAGCCACGAUUUGGGCAGCAGCCUAGGUUUGAACAACCCCCAAGGCCACCUGGCCCUCCGCCUCGUUUUGAACGCCCACCCGUGCCCCAGCAAAAACAACAGCAAGGCCCCCAACCUAAAGAAGAAACAGCCACUAAACAGCCUGCCAGUAUUGAAUCCAAGACUGUUGGAAAAUCAGCCACGCCACAGUCUGAAAAAGAAAAAAGUGAAUCUGAAAAAGUUGAGAAGGUAAAUGCUGAAGACUUGACAGAUGACAACUUACUCGGAAAUGAUGGUUUUUUUGUUCAAAGUGACCCCAUUCCUCAGACAUUACAGACAAACCCAGAGAAAUCAGAUGGCAAUGAGGCCUCUGAAAAAAGUGAAAAUACUAAACCUGUUAACAGCAACCCUUCAGUAACUGCUUCUUCCUUAUCAAAAAAUACUGUUGCUCAAAAUCCCCUCAAACCAGAUGGACCAUUGACAAACAGCAAACCCCCAGUGGUACCAAAACCCCCAGUAAUCCAGCAGGAGCCACAAGCUUCUGGCCAAAUGCAGUCAAGACCAGAGCCUCCAAGGCCUCCUCCUGGUAGGGGUCGAGGCCAGCCCCCAGUGCCUGUUCAGGUGCUUGGGCGAGGUCGUGGGCAGAGGGGCCGUGGAGAGUUCAGAGGAUCAAACACUGUCCCGCUUGGGGAGGAGAUGGGAGAAAUGUCCUAUGAUUACAUGCCACCGGAAGAGGAGUUGGGGAUGCCAGAAGAGCAGCAAGAAUAUCACUGGCAAGAUCCUUCAUACAAGGAGUUUGGAGGUGAGGAGUCUGAGGUGCCCCCUGAAGAAAUGUGGAUGCCGGAGGACCAUCACUUUGCAACAGAGGAAGAGUAUUAUGAAGAGCCAAUGGGAGGACCCCCUAUGGGGAGAGGAGGACCCCCAAUAAUGAGAGGAGGGCCCCCUAUGGGUAGAGGAGGCCCACCUAUGGGUAGAGGAGGUCCACCUAUGGGGAGAGGUAGACCGCCUAUGGGGAGAGGAGGUCUACCUUUGGGUAGAGGGGGUCCACCUAUGGUUAGAGGAGGUCCACCUAUGGUUAGAGGAGGACCACCUAUGGUUAGGGGAGGUCCACCUAUGGGUAGAGGGGGUCCCCCUAUGGGUAGAGGGGGUCCCCCUAUGGGAAGAGGGGGUCCCCCUAUGGGAAGAGGAGGACCACCUAUGGGAAGAGGAGAUCCAGCGGACAGGCACUGGGAAGAACCUGAAUCAGUGGAGUACUCAGAGGAAGAUGACCCUUACUGGGGAGAAAGGAGACCUCCUCCAAUGAGAGGAAUGAGACCCCCAUUUCCACCUGGCCGAGGUCGUCCUCCACGUGGUCAUCCUGGUUUCAUGCCCCCAGGACGAGGACGUCCCCCUCAUCCAGUACAUGGGCCAAUGGAUCACGGGCCAUUAGGCCAUGAAAUGGACACUGAUGAGACUGAAGUUGAUCCAACAGGGCACCCCAUGUAUCAUGGACAUGACCCUCACAGCCACCCGAUGCAUCCUGAUGUAGGAAGACGCAGGCGUUGCAUGCCACCACCGCCCCAUGAAAUGAUGGAUCCUAUGGAGGAGCCUUUGUACGAUGAAGGAAUGGAGAGAGACUUAGGGUGGCGACCGCCACAUGGCAUUGGUCCCCCUCUGCCUCCACAUGAGAUAAUAGAUAGGGGAGGAAUGAGGAGGAGACCUAUGGGUCGAGGAAUGGCAAGAGGUAUGUGGCGGCCAGGUCCAACACAUGAGGAGUAUGAAGAGGGAUAUAAUGAGGGUUACGUUGAGGAUUAUGGUCAUGGGGAAGACGGAUAUCGCUGGCGGACACCACAGGACUAUCCUCCUGAUGACUAUCGGCCAGAGGCCAAGUACUAUGAGUCUGAAUGGGACAGAGAUCGUGCGCCUCCUGAGAGGGACUAUCCCCCCCGCAUGCCUCCACCAGAGUCCUACAGGGAUGGCCAUUGGCUAGAGGAAAGAGAAAGAGAAAGAGGUCACCCAUAUCCAUAUGAUGAGCUUAACAGGGGUAGAGGAGAACUUAGAAUCCGUGAAUACAAGGAUGAGCCACCAUACCGACAGGAAGAGCCACCAUACCCACCACCACCCCCUUCAGAAUGGGAUAGGCCUUCAAGACUCCCUCCGCCACCAGAGAGAGGGUAUCCUCCUGACUAUGAAGAUCGCAGACCUCGUUAUGAGGACCACAGGGAUGAGCCUCCUUUGGAUAAACCUCCCCUUCCUGCUGCACUUGUAACGAACUUACCAGAGAGCUCAGUUGAACCUGCACCACAAGGAGCAAGUGGAGCAAAUGUACUUGCUCUCUCUCAACGUCAGCACGAGAUCAUCUUGAAAGCUGCUCAAGAGCUUAAACUUAUACGGGAACUGCAGGAGGGGAAGACCACUGGUGCUGAACCUCAGCCUGCACCAGCAGACGUCUUGCCUGAGCUUCCUGCUGGUCUUCUCGGUUUGGAGAUCCCACCGGACGUCAGGAAUGUUUUGAAGGGCAUGACUGCAGCAGCACAGACAGCUGCAACUGAACCUGUGCCUUGGGAUGCAAAGCCUGCUGCCACAGAUUGCCAGUCAGUCCUCUCUGCUGCUCCCACAGCUCCAGUGAUACCAAAGACUGUGGAUUAUGGACAUGGACAUGAGCCUGGUGCCACUGUUGAGCGGAUCUCUUACGGUGAGAGAAUUGUGCUAAGGCCUGACCCGGUGCCAUUAGACAGGGGUUAUGAAAAAGAACCCCUUGGUUCCAGAGAUCCUUAUAGCAGAGACCUGUAUUAUGAGAGACGAUCAGACCCUUACAUGGACCGCCGGGAGUACAACAGAGAGAGGGAGUUAUACAGAGAAAAGCCUCCACUUGAAUAUGAAAGAGAAAGAUUUGAGAGGGAGCGCUAUCCCCCAAGAGAAAGAGAUGACAGCACACAGUCCAUGGUUGAGGAAAGAUCUCCACUGGCACCUCCUCUACGCUCAGGAUACAGGGACAGAGAGUGGGAUCUUCGAGAGAGGGACCGAAGUGGCAGUCGUGAUCGAGAUGAACAUUAUGGAAGGCCUAGCUACGAUAGACCUCCAUACGAGCGUGCUGGACUUGACCGCAGUGGGCCUGAGCGUUACGGCCAUAGCUCUUCACCUUACGUGGACAGAAGAAGUUAUCCAGAGGACCGAGGGGCUCCCACUGCACCACCUCUACCACCUCCACCUCAGCCACCUCCACGAGUCGAGAAGAAGCCAGAAAUCAAGAAUAUUGAUGAUAUCCUCAAACCACCUGGCAGAUCAUCUCGGCCUGAAAGGAUUGUCAUAAUAAUGAGAGGGCUUCCAGGAAGCGGAAAAAGCCAUGUUGCAAGGCUUAUACGGGACAAGGAAGUUGAUUGUGGUGGUGCCCCACCGAGAGUUCUUGUUUUGGACGACUACUUCAUGACCGAGGUUGAGAAAGUUGAGAAAGACCCAGACACAGGCAGGAGGGUCAAAACCAAGGUUCUUGAAUAUGAGUACGAGCCAGAGAUGGAGGAUACCUACCGAAGCAGCAUGCUUAAAACAUUUAAGAAAACUCUGGAUGACGGCUUUUUCCCCUUCAUCAUUUUAGACACUAUUAAUGACAGGGUUAAACAUUUUGAUCAGUUCUGGAGCGCAGCCAAAACUAAAGGCUUUGAGGUGUAUCUGGCUGAAAUCACUGCGGACACUCAGACUUGUGCGAAGAGAAAUGUGCAUGGGCGUACGGUUAAGGAUAUAAUGAAGAUGUCCAACAACUGGGAGCCCUCACCACGUCAUAUGGUGCGCUUAGAUGUCCGGUCCCUGCUUCAGGAUGCUGCUAUAGAGGAGGUUGAAAUGGAAGACUUCAAUCCCGAUGACGAGCCCAAGGAACCCAAGAGAGAAGAGGAAGAAGAGGGUGAUCUGGGCUACAUUCCAAAAAGCAAAUGGGAGAUGGACACGUCUGAGGCAAAACUUGACAAGUUGGAUGGUCUGGGGAGCAGUGGGAAGCGGAAACGUGAAGGUGAACAAACGGCAGGCCUGGAGGACUACCUUCAGCUGCCAGACGAUUAUGCCACACGCAUGUCCGAACCAGGAAAGAAAAGGGUGCGGUGGGCUGAUCUUGAAGAGCAGAAGGAUGCAGAUCGAAAGCGUGCUAUUGGCUUUGUGGUGGGUCAAACGGACUGGGAGAGAAUAACGGAUGAGAGUGGUCAGCUGGCACAAAGAGCUCUGAACCGUACCAAGUAUUUCUAAGAAGAUAAUCUUAUCCCUCUUUUUUUUCCUUCAUGGAAAGGUGUACAGAAUGUGAAAGAACUGAAGCUGACUCGUGAUGAAACAUGAGACUCUCCAAGGUGAUAAUCACCAUAAGAUAUCAAAUUCUUAGUUAUACAUUGAUAAGGAUGCAGUAUAGUUUUUUCCUAUUAUUUUUAAAGGCCACUCUGGCUAUUCACCAAUUAAUUUGUAGUUUAUGAUUCUGUGCUACUUCUGGUCAUGUAUCCUGUAUUAGGUCAUGGUUCUUGCUGUUUUAUACUCUUCAUGCUUUAUGUACUGUAUUCCUGUAGCACUGUUUUUUGGUCCAUGGAUACUUUGAAAAAAGACAAUAAAAGUUU